AAUUUCCUUUAAGACCCCUUUUCUUCUUCAAUCUUAAAAAGAAAAGAGAGAGAUUCUUCUCUGAAAUUGGUUUCUAGGAAUAAUAAUGGUGGAGUUGGGUUUGAGCCUUGGUGAUCAUCCAUCUUCCAAUUCCAAUAAUAAUACUAAUAAGCCGUUUUCUAAUUUUCUAUCUAAACCAAUUUCUUCUUCUUCUAAUUCUUCUUCCUCUCUUAUGGCUUUGGGGUUUUGUGUUGGUUUAAUCGGACGUCAUUCUGCUUCUGCUUCUGCUUCGGUUCAAGGUGAUGAAGAAGAUGAUGAUGAGCUGGAUGAUGAUGAUGAUCGGAAAACGGUUCUUGCCGGUUCAACUUCCGGUUUGGAUCCACCGGUUCAGCUUGAUCUUCUUCCUUUGGCUCCUGUUCCUCGUUCUUCUUCUUCUUCUUCUCCCCUGCUUCCUUUCCCAUGGCUUUCUCAUCACUUGAUGGGGGAAGUCGGGGGGAGUUCAGAGGGAGGAGAAAGGGUAGAGACAUUGGAUGUGAAGAGGGUGCUGGUGGAGGAGAGAGAAGAUAGGGUGGCGGCGGUGGCAGUGGCGGCGUUGUCGUCUCCGAACAGUACGGUGUCAUGUUUUGAAAUGGAAUUUGGAGGAGGAGGAGGAGGAGGGAUUAGAAGGAAGAGAUCAUGGGAUCAUAUGGAAAUGGAAACGGAAAGAGGAGGAGGAUCAGGAGGAGGUUGUUCAAGAAUAAUGAGUGAUGAUGAAGAUAACAAUGCUUCUGCUUCUGCUGCUGCUCGUAAAAAGCUUCGACUUUCUAAACAACAAUCCGCUUUUCUUGAAGAAAGCUUCAAAGAACACACCACUCUUAAUCCUAAGCAGAAGCUAGCACUAGCAAAGCAGCUAAACCUCCGACCUAGGCAAGUGGAAGUAUGGUUUCAAAACAGAAGAGCAAGGACAAAGUUGAAGCAGACAGAAGUAGAUUGUGAGUAUUUAAGAAGAUGCUGUGAGACAUUGACAGAAGAGAACAGAAGAUUACAAAAAGAACUUCAAGAAUUAAGAGCUUUAAAAACUUCUCAGCCUUUUUAUAUGCAACUUCCAGCCACUACCCUCACCAUGUGCCCCUCGUGUGAGCGUGUCGCUACCACCACCACCACUACCACCACCGCUCCCACCACCCCCGCCCCGUCCUCCGCUCUCUGUCUCGCUAACAAACCCAAGAUCUUGCCAUUUCCUCAUCUGCAUCAGGCUGCUUCAUGAGCAUUUUUAUUCAUCUCACAUCAUGAAAUACAAAAAAGUUCUAGCGAUGAGAUAAUUUUUGUACAUAUUUUUCCUUUUGAUGGGGUUGGAGCUUUUGUGGGGAAAAUUUUUCUUUUGUUUUUGGUUGUCUGUAGCUUUGAGAUAUAUAUAUAUGGACCUCUCCCUAGUUGUUCUUUUAUCAGUUCUUUCGCUCCUUGCAUGCAUGGUUAUUUUUUAGGUUUUUUUCUUUUGGGAUAUACAAAGUAAUUUAAAAGAGUAUAGGGAGAGAUUACAUAUUUAUGAUGUAUUCUUGUUUUUUCUUCUUCUUUUGUUUAGUUAUUUAAAAAGAAAACAAGAUCAAAUGAAAGGAAAUUUUAUUUCUUUUAUUUGCCUUUC